AUGCAUUCCUCCACCCCCCUCCUCGCUGCCGCCAUAUUUUCCGUCCAGGCUCUAGGCGCCACCGUCUUCAAGCUCGAAUCUGCUGGUUCCGGUUAUUGCAAGAUCAGCGCCGCCGCGUGCGGCUGCAGCGAAGUCUGGAAGGCCAACGGUGACUGCGAGACCAUGAGCAGCAAAUGGACACACGAUUUCUGUGGAGGCACCCUCACGGCUAGCGAGGCGGACGACCAGCAUAUCCGCUUUGAUAUCACCAUGUCCGAACCUGACUGCAAGGUUGCCGAUGUUAUUGAGAAGAAAUCUGGCGCCGAGGUUAACUACUAAGCCCAAGUAACUUGAACGCAGGUAUCUUGCUAUUGGU